AUGGACGAAAACAAGCUAUUCAUUUAUAAAAAAUUUAAAUAUGUGAACAAUAAUAAAGGUAAUGUGCUUAUAUUACCUGAUGAGGUACUUUCUAUAAUUCUAAGGCAAUUAGACCAGAAGAGUUUGAAUAAUAGUAUAUUGUGUAGCAGGCUAUAUUUAUUGAUCAAACCGUUGUUAUAUGAGAACAUAAUUGUGUAUAAUCCAAUUAAGUUAAGACUGGUAGAGGGCUAUUAUGAACAUUUAGAGACAGUUGUAUCAAUUAAAAAUUUUAUCAAAUUGAUUAAUGGAUAUUCUUUCGAACCACAAUUAAUGAAAUCGGUUAAGUUUAUCAACUGCAAUAUCAGCGUGGAAUUAUAUAAGAGAUUACCUUUGGUUGAAAUUGAAAUCGUUGAUGAUCUAGAACAUUUGAAAGGAUUUGAAGAUUUCAAAAUAAAGUUUGACAUUGAAUGUGACAGAACUUUUGAAUAUAUAAACUUUACUUUGAAUAAAUUAAAAAUAUCCAAACUAAUUGAUUUCAAUGACAGGGGAAAUGAGAAGUUUAAUAAUCUUAGGAAGUUGGAUAUUUUUGCUGACGAGAAGACUUUCCAUAUUCUAAAAAGUCAUAAGAUAAGUUUCCAAAAGUUAAAGGAAUUGAAAAUCCGAAGCGAUAAAAGGAUCGAGGUGCCUUUCACCUUUCCAAAUCUCGAAAAGUUAAGUAUAAUCACUAGCAAAGUAAUUUUCCGGAAUAAAUUCCAUCAUUUACAUGUCUUGGAAUUAUUACCUUCAUGUUAUGGAUUUGAUCUUCAAUUUUUGAAUCAAAUUGAUGGGGUUGAAAUGUUACUGAUUAGUCAUUUGAAUUUUGAAAUUGAUGAUUUGAAGAGAUUAAAUUUAAAACAGCUCUUCUAUAAAUGUCAUCCCAUUGAACAUAAUUUAAUCGAAGUAGAUCAAAGGAUUGAAAAUGAAGUUAUGGAGGAGGAUUUCAAACGCCUCGUUAGGUCUUUGACAUUAGAUAUUGUGGGAUAUAAAAAUCAAAUCUAUAAGAUCGAAAAUUAUGAUAGCUUGAAAGAGUUGGUUCCGAUUUAUAAACCUACGAGCGAAGUAAAGAAUAACUUCGUCUAA